GUUUCACCAAAUCCCAUUUAGAGUGCCGCUACUCCCAGGACCUGCCCUCUCGUUUGGUGGCCACUCGGCGACCCCCGUUCUAUGUUUAGCAGCGUUUCGAGAAGGGAAUGCGCCUGUUGGGACUGAAAUCUUCGAAAAUCAUUAACGACCUACGAAGUGCCUUAUCUGCCGCCCUUUCAUACAUUCCACAACACAAAGCGGCAGCAGCGGUUAGCCUUGUGCCUAACUCUCCGCACUGGACUUUGCUCGGUCGUCCGUCACGUCCCACAUCCCGCAUCCUCAUACAUCCCACGCCCCGCAAGCCCGAAAACCUGCAAACCUGCAGAGUAGUGAGUAGGGUCUCAGCUGGAACAUUUCGGAUCCCAGCCUCCAAACACUCGUGCCUAGAAAUACCGACUUGUCCUGCUGAUUCCAUCUCGUCUUUUUUUCUCGUCCCUAUUUUCACGACAGAACGAACCAACCUUGUCGGGACAGAAAUAAGCUGGCCAUGGCCGGUGAAGGGGACCACGAUGUACGACUAACGACGCUGACUCUGCCCCUGCGUUCAAAGCCAGUUGACGUGGACGGGAAUGAGGACGCAUUAACCCCCGUCAUUCAUACGGCAGUCCCCCCGAGUUUGGUCUCGCCGGGCAUCCAGGUCGAACUAUAUGGCGAUCCCGUUGAGAGACCGGGCCUCAUUCACCCUCGCUCGGCACCCCCGAACGUGCAGAGCUUCCCGAGCCCCAUGAGGCAUCACCGGAGGACGCCUUCGGCCCACCGUGAGAUCAAAGAAACUCUCAACGCACGAUCCGAGUACAAGGACGAGGACUCAGACGGCCGCUCUCACCACCAUCUCAAUCAGUACGUCAUCAAGGACGAGAUAGGCCGUGGGUCGUACGGCGCCGUCCACUUGGCUACUGACCAGUUUGGGAACGAAUAUGCAGUCAAGGCGUUCUCCAAGUCACGGCUCAGAAAACGCGCCCAGUCAAACAUCCUCCGCAACGGCCCACGACAGCUUGGCCGCUUCCAUCGGGCGGAAUUUGGCGCCCCCGAUGCCCCCAUUCUAGGCUUCAAGGCCCAACAGGCCAAGGAGGCUAAAGAUGCCCUCUUCCUGAUCCGCGAGGAGAUCGCCAUCAUGAAGAAGCUAAAUCACCCCAAUCUCGUCCAGCUGAUGGAGGUUUUGGACGAUUCCGAGGACGACAGCUUCUACAUGGUUAUGGAGAUGUGUAAAAAGGGGGUUGUCAUGAAAGUUGGCCUCGGCGAAGCUGCGACCCCCUAUGAGGAGGAACAGUGUCGCCACUGGUUUCGUGACCUGAUCCUCGGCAUCGAGUAUUUGCAUUCACAAGGAGUCGUCCACCGCGACAUCAAGCCCGAGAAUCUCCUACUCACCGAUGAUGAUGUCCUCAAGAUCGUCGACUUCGGCGUGUCUGAGAUGUUUGAGAAGUCCGAGAACAUGAGAACGGCCAAGUCUGCCGGUUCCCCCGCGUUCCUCCCUCCCGAGCUAUGCGUAGCGAGGCACGGUGACGUUUCCGGGAGAGCAGCCGACAUUUGGUCCAUGGGCGUGUCCUUAUACUGCCUCCGCUAUGGCAGGCUGCCCUUUGAACGGGAUGGCGUGUUGGAUAUAUACGAGGCCAUCAAAACGGAAACCGCCAAGUUGCCGCCUGAUGAGAAUCCGGAUUUUGUUGACCUGAUGGGAAGAGUAUUGGAGAAGGUUCCGGAGAAUAGGAUAACUAUGUCAGAACUGAGAGAACACCCGUGGGUGACAAGAGGGGCUACGGACCCCCUUCUCAGCGCCGAGGAGAACUGCUCCGAUCCCGUCGAUCCGCCCAACCCUCUCGAGCUAAACCACGCAUUCACCCGGCGAAUGAGCCAUCUGAUCUGCGUUAUGAAAGCAAUCCAGAAAUUCAAGAGCCUCCUUUCCCCCCGCCCUCCUACCCGUCACAAGGGUGCCCACGGCGAUCACGAAACCACCGUUACCCCGCCUUCCCCUUCACCGGUCAACGAGAAGCCCCCCGCCGAACUGCCCCCGACCACAGCGGAAUUCGCCGCCCGCGUCCUGCGCGAGCGCCAGGAAUUCCUCGCCAAGGGAGGCAAAGCCAGCUUCGACCUACCCCUCCACCCAACCCACCCCACCAACACCACCAACUCUUACACCACCACCACCGUCACAGAACCGACAGCCACCCAACCCAACGACGAUCACCACCAACCACAACAAGAAGAAGAAGGACUGCAGGAACAACCCCCGCUCCUCGGUAUCGGAACGGGCGGGAUCGACGCCUUCCCGCGCGCCGCCGACGACGACGACGACGAGCCCCCCCAGCCCGCCGACGUCGUCUCUGACUCGCCUACCGUCGUCGACUUCAACGUCUACGACCGCGCCUUCGAGGCCGAGAUCGAGCGGAUCAGGCGAUCCACUAGCCGCCGCGGUGUCGGUUCCGGUGCUGGUGCUGGUGCUGGCGCUGGGUUGGGUAUGGGAUCGGGCGUGAUUUAUCAGACGCGGUUUAGCGAGCAUGGGGGGGUGGGUGGCCACGAGGGGACACCGAGGAGCUUUGUUGGUGCGGCCGGGCGGGAGCAGCCGGGCGGUGGCGGCGCGCGGCUUGCCGAGCUGGUUGCCCAGGCUAUGGCCGCGGAGGAAGCGCGGGAUGGGGUGGAGGGGCAGUGGCAGUGAUGUUGUUGUUUCAGAGGGAGGGGGGGCCUAUUGCGUGGUUUCUUCAUGGGCUAUGUGUAGUGGCGCCGUUUUUGUUACCCAACGGUAUAUGCCAUGGUGGGAUUUGGAAAGGGAUGUGGUCUAGCGAAGAGUCAAACGCGGAGACGAUCUGUCUUCGAGGAUAUCCGCGCAGCUUUUUCUUCAAUAACAACUCUUGAGCGACAUAUUUCGGCCUUCCGGGGGAGGUCAAGGUUAAUGCUUCAAGGUGGCGUAAAUUCCCGCAGCCAUGGCGAGUCAAAAUAUUCUAGGAUCGGAGAUGGCUCCGAGUCGAUGGGCCGCCCGGCCCUUUUUGAAUCC